UCGAUAGAACCCGCACACGCUUCUCAAUCCCACACCAUCUUCUCUCUGUCUUCUUGCGAAGCUAAAAGAUUUUUGGCAGCAUUGUAUUGUAAGCUUGGGAGCUGAGGAAAGCCGCAAAAAAAAUGGAGAGAGCCACUCUGCUUCGUUCUCUCUCCUGCUCUUCUCUCGCUUCCAACCGAUUCUUCACCUUUCGCUCUGCUCACGGACUCGCUCGCUCUUCUUUCUCAUCGUCGUCGUCGUCGUCGUCUUCAUCUCCACGAAACCUCCGCCACCGUCUCAAUCCCAACAUAUCCUCGCAUUCUUUGAUUCGCCGCCACUGGAGAUUGUUUCCUGCAUCGUCUUCUUCCUCCUCCUCCUCCUACUCCUUGUCGCUCCGCUUCCAAAAGCAUUUCUCCACUCUCUCCCCGCGCGCCGUCGUCUCUCCCCCUUCUCAGUCUUCACCAGAAUUUGCUGGGGUUCACGAUGAGGUUGCGGAGAAGUUUGGUUUUGAGAAAGUUUCUGAGGAGUUUAUCGGAGAGUGUAAAUCGAAAGCUGCGCUUUUUAGACAUAAAAAGACAGGGGCAGAAGUCAUGUCCUUAUCCAACGAUGAUGAAAAUAAGGUUUUUGGCAUUGUUUUCCGGACACCUCCGAAAGAUUCCACAGGGAUUCCUCACAUAUUGGAACACAGUGUAUUGUGUGGGUCAAGAAAGUAUCCUCUGAAAGAACCAUUUGUUGAAUUAUUGAAAGGGAGCCUACAUACUUUUUUGAAUGCUUUCACAUAUCCAGAUAGGACUUGCUAUCCAGUUGCUUCCACAAACACGAAGGAUUUCUAUAAUCUUGUUGAUGUAUACCUAGAUGCUGUUUUCUUCCCUAAAUGCGUGGAGGACUUCCAAACAUUCCAACAGGAGGGUUGGCAUUAUGAACUCAACAAUCCUUCUGAAGAAAUAUCUUAUAAAGGGGUUGUUUUCAAUGAGAUGAAAGGAGUGUACUCCCAGCCUGAUAAUAUAUUAGGGCGGACUUCUCAACAGGCUCUUUUUCCAGACAAUACAUAUGGUGUUGAUAGUGGAGGAGAUCCAGAAGUUAUUCCCAAACUUACAUUUGAGGAAUUCAAGGAGUUUCACAGUAAAUAUUACCACCCGAGCAAUGCGAGAAUAUGGUUUUAUGGAGAUGAUGAUCCAAAUGAGCGCCUACGCAUUUUGAGUGAAUAUUUAGAUACGUUUAGUGCAAAUUCAGCUCCACGUGAAUCAAGGAUUGAACCACAAAAGCUAUUUUCAGAGCCAGUCAGGAUUGUUGAGAAAUACCCUGCUGGUGAAGGGGGUGAUUUGAAGAAGAAAAACAUGGUAUGCCUUAACUGGUUGCUCUCUGAGAAGCCAUUAGACUUGGAAACAGAGCUUACCCUUGGGUUUCUGGAUCAUCUCUUGUUGGGAACUCCUGCUUCUCCACUAAGGAAAAUCUUGCUGGAAAGUGGCCUGGGAGAUGCUAUUGUUGGUGGUGGCAUAGAGGAUGAGCUCCUUCAACCUCAAUUUAGUAUUGGGUUGAAAGGUGUUUCUGAAGAUGACAUUAAAAAGGUAGAAGAAUUAGUCAUGGCUACAUUUAAGAAGUUGGCAGAGGAAGGUUUUGAAACAGAUGCUGUGGAGGCAUCAAUGAAUACAAUUGAGUUUUCUCUCAAGGAAAACAACACUGGAUCCUUUCCUCGUGGUCUAUCCCUGAUGCUCCGAUCCAUUGGUAAAUGGAUAUAUGAUUUGGAUCCCUUUGAGCCAUUGAAGUAUGAGGAACCUUUGAAGGCCUUAAAAGCCAGAAUAGCAGAGGAAGGCUCCAAAGCUGUUUUUUCUCCUUUGAUUGAAAAGUACAUUUUAAACAAUCCUCACAGAGUUACAGUAGAAAUGCAGCCUGAUCCUGAGAAAGCUUCUCGUGAUGAGGCAAGUGAAAAGGAAAUUUUGAGAAAAGUUAAGGAAAGCAUGACAGAAGAAGAUCUUGCUGAGUUAGCGCGGGCUACAGAAGAGCUGCGACAGAAGCAAGAAACUCCUGAUCCGCCAGAAGCUUUGAAGAGUGUUCCAAGCCUUUCUCUGCAAGACAUCCCUAAAGAACCCAUACAUAUUCCCACAGAGAUUGGGGAUAUUAAUGGAGUAAAGGUUUUGAAGCAUGAUCUUUUCACAAAUGAUGUCCUUUACUCAGAAGUUGUUUUCAAUUUGAGUUCUGUGAAGCAAGAACUUCUUCCUUUGGUACCACUUUUUUGUCAAUCAUUGCUGGAGAUGGGUACAAAAGACUUGACUUUCGUGCAACUUAAUCAGUUGAUUGGAAGGAAAACUGGAGGAAUAUCUGUUUACCCAUUGACCUCGUCUGUAAGGGGCAAAGAGGAUCCCUGUAGCCGUGUAAUUGUUCGAGGCAAAGCCAUGGCAGGACGUGCUGAAGACCUAUUCAACCUGGUUAAUUCUGUUCUUCAAGAAGUUCAAUUUACAGACCAGCAACGGUUUAAGCAAUUUGUUUCCCAAAGCAAAGCAAGAAUGGAGAACCGAUUAAGAGGCAGUGGUCAUGGCAUUGCAGCUGCAAGAAUGGAUGCAAAGUUAAAUCUUGCAGGGUGGAUUUCUGAACAAAUGGGUGGUGUCAGUUACCUGGAAUUCCUCAAAGAACUUGAACAGAAAGUUGAUCAAGACUGGGAUGGAGUUUCUUCAUCUCUUGAGGAGAUACGUAAAUCCUUAUUGUCUAGGAAUAGCUGCCUGGUGAAUUUGACUGCAGAUGGAAAGAAUCUCACCAACUCUGAGAAGUUUGUUAGCAAAUUUCUUGAUUUGCUUCCUAACCGCUCUCCUAUUGAAGCAACUACUUGGAAUGCUCGGCUAUCUUCAGACAAUGAAGCCAUUGUAAUACCUACUCAGGUUAAUUAUGUUGGAAAAGCCGCAAACGUUUAUGAAACAGGUUACCAGCUCAAAGGGAGUGCAUAUGUGAUUUCAAAAUACAUUAGUAAUACAUGGUUGUGGGAUCGUGUAAGAGUUAGUGGUGGUGCUUAUGGAGGUUUUUGUGAUUUUGAUACCCACUCAGGGGUGUUUUCCUUCUUAUCAUAUCGUGACCCCAACUUACUGAAGACACUCGAUGUAUAUGAUGGAACUGGAGAAUUCCUACGCCAAUUGGAAAUGGAUGAUGAUGCUCUUACAAAAGCUAUUAUUGGUACCAUAGGGGAUGUGGAUGCAUACCAGCUUCCUGAUGCAAAAGGUUAUAGUAGUUUGUUGCGGUAUUUGUUGGGAGUCAGCGAUGAAGAAAGGCAACGAAGACGUGAAGAGAUAUUGGCAACCAGCUUGAAGGACUUCAAAGAAUUUGCAGAUGCUAUUGAUGCAGUUAAGGCUAAAGGGGUUGUGGUUGCAGUGGCAUCUCCAGACGACAUUGACGCUGCACAUAAGGAGCAUGGUAACUUCUUUCAAAUCAAGAAGGCCCUUUAAGGCUUCAUACAAAGAUAUCUCUGAAGGCUGGCAUUUCUUACAAUAUUUUCUGUUACAGUAGGAGAUGCCCAAACUGUUGCCCCUGUUUUUACAUUUACUGAAUAGAAAAAUGCAACUAAUAUAAUGAAAAACAGAGAAUAUUUAUAACAUGAAAGUCUACCAUAUGAGGGGUGAUACAGAUAUUUUGUAUUCUUAACAUUGAAACAGUGCCCGCCAAAUUUUUGACCUCUCAGAUUUCAGCCUAAAAUCGUUUGCUGAUUUUUCAAUUGAGCAGUAGUUUUGAGUUA